AUGUUAAUAAUUUCUACUAACAUUCUUGUGCUAUUUGUGACGUUUGUGACUGGAUUUGAGGUGACAGAAAAGCAGAGAGAGAUAUUGAUGAAAGCAACAGUGGAAUAUGAAAACGAUAUAUCAAUGAAUGAAGAAAUGGUGGCCUUUCCUUCUGUCGUCACACCAUCACCACCGCCGAUUACAGGACCCGAUUGGAGACAAGACGCAGAUCCUUACUUUCUACUUCCCUAUACCCUUUUCGAUCCUCUUGGACAACAUCCGGCUUUUCGGGCCAAAAAAAGAAAAUUGUAUUGUCAUUUGUGCGCUGAAGAUGGAAGAUGUUCUUUGCUAUCAAGGGGAAGCUUCAAUGAAUGGAAUAAUGCAAGAAAAGACAGAUCAAAUCCCCGAAUGUUGUUCGACGUUGAAAGUCCAGUGUUGCUUGUUAGCAAAGUAUAUAAAUGUGAGCAUGGUCAUGAUAUACCCGCAAGCUAUUUCCACGACACCUCAGAGGAUUUUUCGUGCGUGCCAUUUGUUCUCACACACCGAUCUGGUAUGACUAUGCGAUUGGCAGAUGAAAUUGAAGAUUUAUUAGAUAGAGGAUUAGCAAUAUCGGCUGUUGAAGAGCUCAUAAAAGAAAGGUACAAAAGAACAUUAAGAAACAGGUUGCUCCGAUUUCUAAAUGACGCGCACCAAGCGAAAGAAUUGGGGUUCACACAGUCAGCUGAGGAGUUAAAUUUUGACGUUGCUGGGAACCUUUUUCCCUGCCCAGGUGACAACUUGAUAAGAAGCGUUUACGUUGCAUCUUUUAAUGAGAAAAAACACCUUUUUACAGAGGCAAUGAAUUCGUUAAAUGCUAAAUGGAUUAGCUGUGACCAC